AUGCCUCUCCCCCAAAUCCUAGUUGGCAAAGUCGCCGCCAUUACAGGCGGUUUAACUGGAAUCGGAAGGGCAAUCGCCCUCGAAUACCUCCGCCACGGCGCAAAAGUAGCCAUCAACCACCUCGGCGGCGCCCAAGAGGACCCCCUUCUCGAAGCCCUGCACAAGGAUGUCUCCAAAAUCACCGGCGCCAACUCCAACAGCUUCCUCGCCGUCGCUGGCGACGUCACUCAGCCCGAAACUGGACGGGACUUCAUCGCCAAAACAGUCGCGGCGUUCGGCCGCUUAGACGUCUUCGUGAGCAAUGCCGGCGUGUGUAGAUUUGAGGAGUUUUUAGAGGUCGACCCUUCCCUUCUCGGUCACACGUUAUCUACCAAUCUCUCUGGGGCUUUCUAUGCUACGCAGGCGGCGGCACGACAGAUGGCGCUGGCGCAGUCGCCGCCCGGGGGGUCGAUUAUUGGGAUCAGUUCGAUUUCGGCGCUGGUUGGUGGGGCCCGGCAAACGCAUUAUACGCCUACUAAGGCUGGGGUUUUGAGUCUUAUGCAGUCUUCUGCAGUGGCGUUGGGGAAAUAUGGGAUUCGGUGCAAUGCGCUGCUGCCGGGGACGAUCCGGACGCAGCUGAACGAUGAGGAUAUGAGUGAUCCAGUGAAGAGGGAAUAUAUGGAGGGGAGGAUACCUUUGGGGAGACUCGGUCAGCCGCUGGAUUUGGCGGGGCCGGCGGUGUUUUUGGCAUCUGAGGAGUUGAGUGGUUAUGUGACGGGGGCACAGCUUCUUGUGGACGGUGGACUGUUUGUAAAUCUUCAGUGA